AUGAUUUCGGCAUUUGACCUAUUCUCACUAGCAGUGUGCAUAAGUGGCGUCUACGACACAUUCAGUCUAGAACUUCCCCCCUAUUUGCAACGUGGCGGCCAUUUCCAGUUCCUCACCAACAUCUCGUUGCUUUCAACAUGCAUCUACAUCAUAUCAAAGCACAUCUUGAUGUUGCCCCCGCGCCAAGCCAACUUGAUCUAUAAUACAGUGAUGAACUUGGAGUUUACAGUCACGUCGUGCUACUGGACCCUACACUAUAUCUUGCCUCAUUGGCUCAACACUGCGACGAUUGAUCGCAAUUUUGUGUUGGAUUUCAAGAUCCACUUGUGGCCCUAUUUGUACUUGCUUGUGUGCAAAGAACGGAGGAACAAGUGGGGAAGUUUGGGGUCAGGAGUGGUGUUUGCUUUCUACUGGGCGUACAUUGAGUGGUUGGUGGGGUCGGACCCAACGCAGAGGUUUGCGUACCCAUUCUUGAAUAGAGGCGGGUUGCCUGCAAGGGCAUUCUGGCUCUUUGGGAUGUGGUUGGUGGGCACAUUGAAUUACCUUUUGCUAAAGUACAUCAAGAAUAUAUAG